AUGGAUCCGGUCCUUGCCUUGAUAGCGCGGCAAAUGGUGGCGCAUGCUGGCCUGGAGGCUGUGGUGCAGAUUCAGCUGGGACACAGCGAGGUGAGACUGGACAGGCUGUGUGGAUCAUCAUCGUUUGACUUAGUCUUCUUCGACCAGCGCGGGUCGCGCUUCCGAGAAGAUUUGGAGAAGCUUGAGGAGAUGGGUGCACUUCACCCCAAGGCGGUUCUGAUUGCUGACAACGUACUGAAGCCAGGGGCCCCUACUUUCUUGUGGUAUGUCUGCGCUGCUCCUGGGUGGAGAUCGCUCAUUGUGGAGCUUGGCGACUUCGGGCCAUGUGGCGUGCUGGACUGGAUGUCCGUAUCUCAAAAAGUGGCAGCGGAACAAAGGAGCCAGGAGUCGCCUGAGCUCCCAGAGAAGAUCCAGCAUUUGGCUUGGCAAGCGGAUGAGAUGCGAUGGAGAAGCAUCGACUACCACGUAACGCCUCAAGAGUGGACUGCAUUUGCUGAGUACAUGAAAGCUUCUUUAGAGGGCGUUGCUUCGCACAAUUCAGUACGGAUUGUCCGGAUCUCAUGCCCGAUCUUUGUUUAA